UACUAGCUGCAUCAAAGGCGUCGGGGUAGUUUGCAAACCCUACCGACUAUUUACGAAGUAAUAAAACUUGAAAAUCUCACUCCAGCCAGCGGAGCAGUGUUUGCAACCCUGCUUAGGUAAAGUAGACAUACAUAAUGUUUUAAAGAGCGACUACCCAAGCACUUGUGCCACAGCUCAUGCUUUUUAACGCUAUAAUUCACAUGUUCAUUGUUAAUGAUGGGCGGAUUAAUUGCGUGGAAUGAGCCGAAAAUGCUCCGGCCAAUCAGAUCACGCUAACAUUGGACCUUUUAAAGGUGCGCUGCCUGACGUCAUCAGCGUAUGCCCGAGCCGACAUGGCCGCAAAAGAAGGCGAGAUGGCUAUAUCGACUGAUGAUGAUGCUGCUUUUCAGACAUUUUACACCGAGGUGAAGCAGAUUGAAAAGAGGGACUCUGUCCUCACACCAGCACAGCAGAUAGAAAGGCUAACCAGGCCUGGAUCUUCCUAUUUCAAUUUGAACCCCUUUGAGGUCCUUCAAAUUGACCCUGAAGCAACAGACGAAGAGAUAAAGAAGAGGUUUCGGCAGCUCUCAAUUCUAGUCCAUCCAGACAAGAACCAGGAUGAUGCAGACAGAGCCCAGAAAGCUUUUGAAGCGGUGGACAAGGCAUACAAACUGCUCUUGGACCAGGAACAGAAGAAGCGAAUCAUAGACGUGAUCCACGCCGGGAAGGAGAACGUGGAGCACAUGAUGGAGAAGAAGAAGAAGCAGUUGAAGAAGGAUGGCAAGGUCAUGGUGGUAGAGGAGGACGACCCAGAGAUGUUCAGACAGGCAGUCUACAAGCAGACCAUGAAGCUUUUUGCAGAGCUGGAAAUCAAGAGGAAGGAGCGGGAGGCCAAGGAGAUGCACGAGAGGAAAAGGCAAAGGGAAGAAGAGAUUGAGGCUCAGGAGAAAGCCAAGCGUGAGAGGGAAUGGCAGAAGAACUUUGAGGAUACGCGGGAUGGUCGCGUGGACAGCUGGAGAAGCUUCCAGGCCAAAGGGAAGAGCAGGAAGGAGAAGAAGGUGCGGACAUUCCUCAAACCGCCGAAGGUCAAGAUGGAACAGCGGGAGUGACACCCCCCCUGAGUACUCUGCUCUCCUGUGUCCUGUUUAACGCUGGCCCUUAUUAGCAGAUGUACACGUGUAUUUAUGAAGUCCCAUUCCCCUGGCAGAGCUCAAGGGACCCAUUUUUGAAACUGUCCCAUUUUAAUUUAUUUUGGGCUCGAUCAUUUCCUCUGUUUCACGGCUGUGGUUUUCCGAAGGCCCCCCCGGCUGAACCCUCGCCUCUACCUCGCCGCUGCCUGGUGCCGUCCUCGCUGGGCCGGGCUGGGCCAGCGGACCCAUCUUGAUGGUUCUGGAUGGAAUUCAGACUGCUUCUUGUUGCUGGAAAGCGGCAUGAGAAACGGCGCCCCCUUCCUGUUAGAGCUGUGAUUUUCAUUAAAGUGCUUCACUGUCACCCCUACCACCACCCUGUCAGUGUGCAGGCCACUGCCUCCGCAUGUGACUCUGUCAGAGAGGCUGUACCUGGUCUCUGUGAUGUGACUCUGUCAGAGAGGCUGUACCUGGUCUCUGUGUGAUGUGACUCUGUCAGAGAGGCUGUACCUGGUCUCUGUGUGAUGUGACUCUGUCAGAGAGGCUGUACCUGGUCUCUGUGUGAUGUGACUUGCUGGGUUAGUUGCUAGCGUGUCUGAAAGUGUGUGUUUCACUGAUGACGCCUUUUCUGGCAGGAAUAGGGGGUGUGGGUUUGGAAAACCAGAAUCAUUCGUUAGUCAGCAUUACCGUUACUCUUUUCACCACGCAAAUAAGGCUUAUGUAAUUAUGUAAAUCACCCCAGCGCACAUGGUAAUGCUGAGUUUUGGUGAUGCGUACUGCUUCCGCUUGCUGACUGCAGUCAGGUCAGAGGUCAUUUUCUCAAGCUGUUGUUUAUAUCAUAUUUACUGACUCUUAGGUAUUAGCACUCAUGGGGAAGGCACUGGCAACUGGCAAGCUGUACUAAGCUGCUCUUUCUGCGUGUGUGUGUGUCUGCACGGCCCACUGCUCUAAAAACACACCACUGCACGGCCCACUGCUCUAAAAACACACCACUGCACGGCCCACUGCUCUAAAAACACGCCACUGCACGGCCCACUAUGGGCUUUGGUGCUUCAGCUGCCAUGCCCCUCCCCCAUCGCCACGUAUCUGCAUUAGGGCCAGUACUAAGUGGGUGUACCUGUUGGCUCUCACACCUCUGCAAUGGGGGGGACUCUAAACUCACUUCCUCUCCCCCGUCCCGUGAGACAGAUACUCCAUGUUUACGUCUAUGUUUAAGAACUUUAUAAAAGUUGGGACAAUGUGAAUAUAAUGCUGCUUACUACAGGGUAAGGGUUAACUCGCUAGGACUAAUGGUAAUCGCAUAACCAGCCACCCUUGGGACGAGCCCGUGUUUACAGUUCAUUACUAAAUCUGACUUAUAGAUCGAUCUUUCGUUUUCCACAGAAUGUAAACGUAGUUCUGCUAAUCCGCCGGCCCGCUCGACAAGUUUCCCCGCUUAUUCUGAAUAAAAAGAAAAUAUCCGCUU